UUGACGACACCUUCACGGAGGGAGCGGCUCUCCGACACGGUCCGACGCCAUUCAGGCCACCACGGGUUUCGGUCUCGCUCAGGCCCGAGGCAUGACAGACAAUCCCAGCCCACCCAACGGGUCAAGCACUAAUCCCACCCCUCUCCGGCCGACCAGCCUAACGACCUGAAGUCGGCCGGGCUUGGGGUUCAGCCCCCAGCUGGGCCUGAGUGAGCGGGUUAGUGGGUGCUGCAUGGAAUGGAAGCCCUGGUUUCCUGAGCUUUGUGUUGCUGUUCUCGUUGUUCUCGUUGUUGUUUUUGCCCACCGGCACUCAGGGGGGUAGCCGCCCAGCCGCCCAGCCGCCGUCGUAACCCGGCCUUCUAUUAGUCCUUUAGCUAUGGCUACCUUGGAGAAACUGUCCAAAGCCAUGGACACGUUGAAGCUCAACGCCCACCGAUCGCCGGUGGGCGUGGACCUGACCAUGAGCGCGUCCGAGAAGAUGUGCCAUUGUCAAACCAUCACGGACUCGUUGUGUCAAUCGGCCUCGACCAAUUGGAAAUCCGUGGACUUUGCCAAAUACCUCACCGUCUGCAUGGAGAUGUUUUUCACCUUGUUGGAUGACCCGCUGGUCGAUGUCCGCCUCAUGGCCGAUGAAAACCUCAACAAGGUCAUUCAUCAUUUGGUGGAUACCCAUGGCGGACGACUCCAGGUCGAACUCUUCAAGGAGAUCAAGAAGAACGGCUCGGCCCGCUCAGUCCGGACGGCCUUGCUCAAGUUCUCAGAGUUGGCCGCCAAAAUUCGACCCCAGAAAUGUCGCCCCUACGUUGUCAACGUGUUGCCGUGUUUGGUCAAUAUCGCGCGCCGACAGGAGGAGGUCUUACACGAGGCCUUGGCCGUGGCCAUUCCUCGCAUCUUUCAGGCUUUGGGUAGCUUCACCGAGGAAAACGAGAUUCGUUUGAUGCUCAAGACCUACAUCGCCAAUUUGUUUGACGCCAAUGUGGCCAUUCGCCGCACCACGGCCCGCUCUUUGACGGCCCUUUGUGUGCACAGCCGCCAAGCUGAGCAUUUCUUGCCCUGGUUAUUGGGCACGUUGUUGGAUUUUCUGGUGCCCAUCAGCGCCAACGAAGAUACGCCUGGGUCACGGAUUUUGGGCAUUCUGGCGUGUAUUCGCCUGAUUAUCCCGGAAAUCUCUCGAUUGGCCAAGUUGGAAGAAGAAACCCUCCUCAUCAAGCAGUUCAUUCAGAUCUAUGAGCUGUGCCUCCAUUACAUGAGGCAUCAGGAUCACAAUAUUGUCGGACACGCCUUGGAAGCGCUUCAACAGCUGUUCAAGAGCCCUCCCCAAUUUUUUUUGCCUAUUCUAACCUCGCCCGCUGGGAUAAAGCAUUCCUACAUAUUCGAUUCAUCCAUUGGAGCUGCUUUGGCGUCAAGCGUUAGUCGGAUGAACAGUUUAGUCAUCGAUGAGGACGAAGAGAACCUUUUGGAUCUCGAACCGAGCGUGGCCGAUGAAACGCCCCGAGGAAAAGUCCAAAUCAUGGAUGUGCCCGAAAUCCCUAGUCCGAAACAUGACAGCGAUCCCACCUCUAAUAUGGAUGAUCAGGGUGAUUGUUCCAUUGCAUCACAAGCCGAUGAGGGAUCCAUUUAUGAGCCUCAGGACCCGAAUCAGCACCCAGAGAAUAACGAGGAAGAGAAUGAGGGUAAUGAUAAUGAUGAAGAUGGUCAUCCUCCGGAAUUGGAUUGGGUUGAUCCAACUGGGAGUUCAACACCUGGUGAAUGGAAAGCUUUAUUAGAAUUUGAAGACAUCGGGCGGUUUGACGAUGCCGAUAUCCCCUUGAUAUUCUGUGCCCGCAAAAUUAUCCGAGCUUUUUUGUUGACCCAUGAAAAAGGCACGUUUGUACCCAAUCAGCAAGCUCGUGUUAGUAUCAAAGUUUUGGCGUUUGGAUGUCUGAGCCAAGUGCUUAAAUUGUGCCCCAAAAUCUUCCUGUUGACAUUGUCGUGCGAUCAAGACGAAGAAGAUCCUGUGACUCCACUAGUGAGGGAUGUGAUCAACUUUACAUCCCACGAGGAUCCUCAGAUUCGAGGCUGUGUGGGCCUUCUCUUGGGCGGGUUACUACACGGAGCUUUAAUCGAGUCGGGAGGCAACCUCGAAAUCUGGUUUAACCAGAGACGUCCUGAUCACGACGAUAUAGUGUCGACCCUCAUCGACUUGCUUCAAGAUCAAUCCCAUAUCACGUUGAAGCACACCAUUCACGCCUUGAGUUAUUUCAUGCCCAAAUUGUUUCAAAGUCUGAGCGGGAAGCUGGUGCUCUCACUUUUGGAAGAAAUCCAUUCUCUGGCCCAAUCAAGUUACUGGUUGGUCAGAGUUGAGAUUUGUGAGCUGAUUGCUUGCAUUCCAUUCGCGGCAUUGUUUCAUCUUUCCACUGAUUGCCGGUUGCAAAGGAAGCUCCAGGAUAUAUUGAUGCGCUUUCUCCAGGACGAAGAUUCCAGAAUAAGGCAUCACGCUGCUAAAUCCUUGGUGCAGGUGUCCGUCCACAUGUAUUCGCCGGUGGACAAUUUGAACGAGAACCCUGUCAUUUUCGAGGCCUCUCAACAGGCUCGCCGUCUUCUCCAUCCCAUACUGACCUCUUUGGAGACCCCUUGGAGUGCCAAUAAAGACAUGGAAUCUCAACUUGGAGGCUCCAUUGAGCAAAAUCUAAUCUUCCGGUCAAUUGACCACAUUUUCCAAGAAUUGCUCGUUUGUUCCAACCCUUCAGGGACUUCUGGCUGCCUUGAAGCCUUGUCAGAAUUCGCCAAAACAUUCCCGCCUAAAGAUUUUACCAAAGGAUGGUCUUGCCACAUGCCUCGCCCUCGAAAGUCAAGCAAUACCCGAUCAGAAGGGGGUCUGUCAAGCCCGGCGCUUGACAUCUUGAAGACAUUGAAAGACUUUCUUCUCAAGAGCUCUACGUCUCAAGAUUUCUCCAACCAUGUUCGGCUCUUGACUUUAUCCGGAUCGCUAUUCACAGGGCUCUCGCAAGUCCAAGAGAAUAGAAUUGGAGUUGCUUCCAAUACUCCAGUAAUAUCCGAGGACAAAAGGCUGCAUGAUUUGGGCAUGGACUUGUUCGUUCAUUGCGUUAGGUUACUCGCAGUCACCAGUGCAGUCUUAGAGGCCACGCCACCGCAAAACAAUACGCCCAAACCUGCCAUGGCGGCCAUGCCAAGUCCUAGUUUAUCCCCCAUCAAAAAGUCAUUAGGUCCUCCUGUUCUAUCGAGAGGAAGUGAAUCCGGAUCACUGGAAAAGAGCCCCAAACAUGGGGAUCAAAGUACUAACGUGACCGGUCAAGAUGCUUCCAAAAAAUUGGGAGCCUUCAGUCAUUCCACGCAUUAUCUCAAGAUGUACGAUCUUGUGAAGAACCUCUAUAGCAAUCAUCUUCUUACGUUGGACUCGGAGAAUGCAUCCAAAUUUGUGCAACUGUAUUCAGGGGUUCUCGAAUGCUUGACAGCAGUGUUGAAUUCAGCUUGGGGGAACAUAGUUGGGAAGAACUCGGAGGAAUUCCUCGGAUAUCUCAAGACCAACAUUCGCGUGCAUCCGUUGAAUACUCUCGUGUGUGUUCAGGCAUUCUUGCGUUGUAUUUUCCGAGCCAACGAGCCUGUUGAUGAUAGGGCCCUCCCAAUGUCUCCAACUCAUUCGCAUCACCAGGUUGUUCCACGACAAAAGGGGCUUUUUAAUCCUUGCUUCGACGUUCCAUACAACGAGUUGGUCCACACGUUUCAUUUGGCUCGUGAUUCGAUGUCCAUUCCAGAACGGCCGGAAAUCCCCAUGUUUCAAAGGGCACGGUCCCACCAUCGCGUGAGCAAGGCCGGCAUGUUCAAGACCAUCAGCAAGACAACAGAUCGAACUUCCCUAGCCUCGUGUAUCCGAUUGUUCGAACCAAUCGUGAUCAAGGCUUUAAAACUGUAUACCCUGACCACCGAUGUCGAUCAACAAGGUCAAGUGUUGCAGCUUUUGAUUCAAUUGAUUCAGUUGAGGGUGAAUUAUUGCUUGCUAGAUUCGGAUCAAAUUUUCAUUGGAUUUGUCCAAAAACAACUGGAACUCAUCGAGGAGAGUCAAAUCCUGAAUCCCGGACCGCUGAUUUUGCACAUUUUCCGGUUUUUGGUACUGCUUUCGUACGAGAAAUAUCACUCUAAAGCCAUUAUUGACGUGGCUAAAAUCUUACGAGCUUGUGAAGGUCUAUUUGCCUCUGGUCUAGAUGCUCGUAAAUAUGUCCUCCCGGCCCUGGUCCCAGUGGCUCAAGAUCUGUUCCAAAAUCGCUCCAACACCGGGGGUGACACAAUGGACUUGGAAUCGCAGCGAGAGGUCGUGUUGAAUAUGCUGCUCAAGCUCAUCAUCUAUCCGGAGGCUUUGGAGGUGAUCCUUCAGAUGAUGGUGGCACUGAAAAUUGAGGCCGAAGAGAAGUGGCGGAAAUUGUCGCGGACUCUGAUGGACGUGCUCGUUCCCCUUCUAGCCAGCCAGAAGAUUCAAAUCGACAACAAAGCGGCUUUGGACUUGAUCCACGGGAUCUUCGCAUCCCUUUGCCCCAGUAGUCUACGUCCGGUGGACCCUUUGCUGUCCGCCAUGCUGACUUGUUUUGUGGACCUGGCCAACCUUAAGGAAGUGGAAAGGUGGGUGGGAUUCAUCCUUGUGUCCUUGACCGCCAUCACCAACCAGAGCCCCGAGGAAGGUAUCUUGGGUCGAUUGGAGGAACUGGGCAUUCAAGUAGGAUCGCCCUCUCCUCAAGCGCUUUUGGACACGUCAAUGGAAUCGUCGACGAGUAGUUCAGAUCCUCUGAGACUCGGGGGUCAAGUUCGACCCGAGAUCACAUUCGCCAAGUUCCUAAUUCAAGUGAUCGGAGCCUCUUGUUCCAAGCUCCACCAAAUUGCCUAUUCCCAAUCCAUCGGGGCCACGGGCAGUUUCUUAGAGCACGAAAUCUCUCACCUCUUGCUCUUCGUGAGUUAUAUGUUUCAAUCAGGUCGGUAUGUUCGUGUGGUGAAAGCGGCUCAAGCUUUGGCCAGAGGUGAACCGGACCAGAAUGAUAUGCUCACCGUGGACACGAUCAGCGACCUAUUUCUUCAAAUCAGUCACGUCUCGCCCGUUCUCACUCUUCAAUGGUUGUACAUUCUUGUGUUGAUGAACCAUUGUCCCCAAGGGUAUUGGAGUCGAGUUUUGUCUCCCGAACAUCGCAUGGAUUUAGAGCGACAUUUCCCGGUGUCGAAAACAAUUUCGGCGGGGUUGAACCAGGAGAUUGUACGAACCGGUGCUUUGGUUCUCUUCUGUGAUUAUCUCUGCGAUAACAUUACCAACGUGGAAGCUACUUCUUGGUUGGUGGUAAACCAUGUUCGUGAUAUCAUCAUGAACUUCAAGGAAAGCCCUGUUCAAGAUUUUGUCAUGUCCAUGCACAGUUCUGCGGCUUCAUCCGUCCUGCUUUUUCAAGCCAUUGCUUCUCGAUGUGAUCGGGGGCAUGAUGUGAUAUUCAUGAGAGAGGCUCUCAACGUCAUGGACAAUGUUCACCCGAGUCAUACGGGUAAACUGCUGGUGUGUCUCGUGAAACGGUUUUUGCUCUCGCCCAUUGUGGCUCUGGCUCGAUCCGCUAACUUGGUCAUUUGUCUCCGUUUGGAACACCUCCUCAAAAAUGGCGUGGAUCAGGUUAAACAGUGCUUUCCGGAGAACGACUUGUCCGAGAUUCUCGAGCUUCUUCGACAUCGGAAGUCCCUGCCGCGGUUCGGUCGAUUGGUCGGUCUGCUGAAUCGGCUAUGUAACGAAUAUUAUGAUCUUUCGCCUAUUGAGGGCGAGGAGAUACGCGUGUUCCACCCUGAAACCCUAUCUCAAUUAAAAGCGGAUCAAGAUUGGUUCAUCAGACAAGUCAAACACCGAGUGUGCAACAGCCACACUUCUGGUGAGGUAUGUGCGGAUUUAUUGGCUCACCUGGAUUACGAAGUGAUCUUGAACAUUCUCAACCAAAAAGACGUGAAGCCGCCCGUGUUGGUGCAUUGUUUCAGACAUUCCAAAAGAGUAGGUUUUGCCACAGACAAGGCAUUCUUAAUCGAUGCAACCACAGUGACUCUAUUUCAAAGCAUUCGAGAUGUCACCCACAAUCUUCCUAAGCCAUUCGCCAUAGUCAAACCAGACCACUGGGAGGCAAAACCCGCCGAAUCGAUAUAUUUCUCCAAACUGGAAGCCACUCUGGCCGUCGACGAAUUCAGAGACACUUGGGCCAAUCUCCAGGAUGCCUUAAUUGCGUUCUUUGAGUACGACACCAACGAUGCGAAACUUGGGAGUGACCCGGAGACGAUUGCGAGCAUUGGACGUUUCGGAAUCCUUUCGUUGGAAGUUUGUAAGUGGUUACUGUGUAACACUGUAGAAAACGUCGGGGCCAUUCACUCCCAAAUAGCACGUGGAUUGCAUCUCAUGGCCAGAAUCGUGUCGCAUCAAAGUCUGUUCGAAUGGUUAAACAAAAGUGAGAACCACUUGUUUGCCGUGUCUGGUGUGUUUAUCCUGGAAAAUGUGAUCUACGAUCAUCUGAAACUUCAAAGAGUCAAUGUUGAAAUGCCUUCUUGCUUCAAAGAAAUAUUGGAUUCUCUAGAGGAGAAAUCGGCUGUUCGAGCCAACGUGGUUUUGAAUCAGUUGUUCCGCCUCGCCUUCUUCUCACCCAUGCAAGAUGAAACGUUGAUCACUGAGGAUAUCAAGGACACCAUUCUCGCUCUCAGUCGACUCCAAAUAUUCACUAGCUACAUUCGGACUCCUCCCAGUGCUUGGAAAUAUGGCUGGAACGUAGAUCCCAGUGGACCAUGGGGAACUCAAUUCCCAUUCAUCCCUGUAGACAUGCUCCAAGAUGUAGAGAUUCUUCGGGAAUAUGUACAAGCUAUUUUAGUUCUGGGCUGGAACUCCAAACAGCAGUUCGAAGAGAUUUGGAUGUCGCUGCUGGGGAUUUUCAGCAUCAAAACCGAUGACCUCUCCGAAGAAGAAAUUAAGGCUUUGAGUCAGUCUUCGGCUUUGGUGGUUCAAGCGGUGACCACUUUGAUCACGAACACGAUGUUUUUGCCCAAGCCUGGUCAGACCAACUUAUCCAAGCCCAUUCAUAGCUCUCGGGACUCUGCCUCGCCUUUUUUCAUGUCCCCCAGGGGUCAACAGCUCACCGCCGUUCAAAACUACCUUCAGGUGUUCUUGGAGAAAGAAUCACGAAUAAAAAACUUCCUCAAAGUCGAUAGUUCCCAGAACUUGGAACGCUACCAUGACAUCUCGGAGCGCAAAGUAGCCCUGGGCCAGAUAAGUGUGGGUUACAUCAUGAACGCGAUCCGCCAUUGUGAAGACCUCAGUGAGGGUGGAGAUUCGAGAUCCAGCGGUAAAUUUGGCGCCCUGUCCUUGCCGUUUUUACUCAGAGAGGAUUGUCUUCACGCCUCAAGGCUCGACGUCCAGUCGUGUUUGCAUUUUCUGUUCGACUUGUAUUCCCAAUGGCUUCAGAACCCAUACGCCCAAGAGACCCCACUCAACCUUUUAACCGAGACCGUGAGAUCCAUCCUUUGUCUGUCGGACCUGUUCACAGAUAUAAACCAUUUCCAGUGGAUGUUCGCCUCGUUCUCGGAGCUCCAGCAAGCCCAUCCCGUGGAAGACGAGAUCAUGAACGCGCUCUUGAAUCUCGGCCUAGCCAAAUCGAUCAGCGUCUUGGGUGGCGAUUCCGAGGUUCUGGAACGUGUGCGACGAGUGCUAGAAAGCGGCUUUAAACGACCGCAUCUGGCCUCCAAGAUAUGUUGUCUCCAUGGCGUGCUGUACAUCCUGGAAAGCGAAGUGAUUGCCAUGACGGAAAAGGUGCUUUUCAUCCCAAUGACCACCGAUUACUUGAGCCUUUACCUGCAGAGUUCGCUAAGCUCUCGAGCUCAAAGCGAGCAACAUCUGACCCUGAUCUGGUCUGCGACUUUCUACAUUCUGGAGAAUUUCGACAAAGAUCUCCACAAGAACCAUUGGCACUCACAGACUCUCCAAAUGGCUGUUGGAGCCGUUGGGAAAGUCAACACGCCACGGAAUGUGUACAACCUACUUCUGGCCGGACUAGAGCGCAUGGUCGUAGCGGGAAUACUCGACCAUCGCACUUUGGAUCAAGUCGUGAAGCUGUCCACGGAUCUCUUGACCGAACCGAACCCGGCCAUUACCAUCCCCGCUGUUCAGUUGUUCUUGGUCUGCAUGUACUGCUCCACAGGCGCCAACAUAUCGAUCGAAACGCCUUCUGGCGGCAUCGAGGACCCGGAGCGACUCAUGCAGGCCAUGGAGCAGAUGUCGAUCCUCUUUGAUUGCAUUCGAAGGGCUGGAGCAUCUGAGGCCCGUUUGCUGUGCGCCAUUCUUCCGAAGGUUUUGGGCGACUUCUUUCCGGCGUCCGAUGUCAUCAAUCGCGUGGUAAGCGAAUUUAUGUCUCCGGGACAGCCUCAUCAAAUCUUGCUCUCCGGGGUGAUGUGCUCCAUGUUCAAGCAGUCAGCCCAGCAAAACCAGACCGAGAUGCUCAAGGAAUGGGUGUUAAUGGCCUUGCCCAGCUUUUCCAAGCGACUUCCUUUGGGUCAUUCCGUGUGGUGCUUGACAUGCUUCUUCAUUUCGGCUUCAAGUCACAGCCCCUGGCUCCAGGCCUACUUUCCGGUCCUUCAGCAAAGAUGCGGAUUGCUCCAUCAUGAAGACAAGAAGCUGUUCUGUCUAGCAGCUCGUGAGUUCUUUCAAAGUCUAAAUGAGACUUCACAAAAGACUAAAUUCAUUGAAUCAGUCGAGUCUAUGGCUCAGGACGGUAAUCCUUAUGAUGAUAUUUUACAUUCCAUUCGAUAAAUGUGAUGAUCCCUAUUUUACCUUGCUAACCAAAAAACAACACAGCAAUUAUAUAAGAAAUAAAUAGAUAUACUAUAGCUACUAACA